AUGUCCUAAAUCCUAACCUCUACCCUACUCUAACGUUAACCCUUACUAAACCCUAACCUUAACCCUUGCCUAACCAUUUAAAAUGUUAACUUCAAUGGGGUGAUAUCACAGUUGGGACGACCCAGGGAUCCCGUAUAGGAAGGACCCCGACUGUAGAACGAACGUUGUCACCAGUCAUCGCCGCUGCUAUGAGGUGUGUUGAGAUUACUAAGGACUGACGUCCAUAGUUAAGAGGUUCAACUAAGAGGUUUAUGGAUUUCAUGAUGAUGAAGAAAAAAAAAUUCAAGUUUAAAGUGGAUUUCGAGCUGGACGAGCUCUCCUCCGUCCCCUUUGUCAAUGGUGUCCUAUUUUGUAAAGUCCGACUCCUUGACGGCGGGUUCUCCGAGGAGUCGUCUCGGGAGCCGGUCCAUGCUAACUGUGUGUGCUGGAAGAAGAGCUUCUCCUUCCCCUGUAAAAUGAGUGCCACUGCUGGGACGGGCGUGCUGGACCCCUGUGUGUGUCGUGUGUCUGUCAGGAAGGAACUGAAGGGUGGGAAGACGUAUGCAAAGCUUGGCUUUGCAGACCUGAACCUGGCUGAGUUUGCUGGUUCUGGGAACACGACGCGCAGAUGUCUACUGGAAGGUUACGACACCAAGAACACCCGGCAGGACAACUCCAUACUAAAGGUUAUCAUCAGCACACAACUGAUGUCCGGGGACCCCUGUUUUAAAACGCCUCCGUCCACAGGCACAUUCAUCGGCGUCCAGCGAGAUGCAGAGAGCCUUCUGCAGGAGAGGAAGGGAGGGGACACUCAGAAGGCCUUCAUGGAGAGCCGGGAAGGAAAGUGUUCCUCUGGUUCCGAUGAACUUGGGGGAUCCCGCCAUUCCCGAACGUCCAGCUACGCUAGUCAGCAGUCUAAAGCGUCAGGCUACAGCACGGGUCACUCCCGCUCAUCCAGCCUGUCAGAGUGUACCCACCGCAGGAACACCUCUGUGGGCAGUGCCUCCACCGGCAUCGCCAGCAUCCCAGAGCCCAGCGACGACAAUAGGGACAGCAGGGACCAGAGGGAGAGCAGGGAUAGGGAGAGAGGAGACCGGGAAGCCAGGAUGGGGAUGAUUCCCCCUACUGCUGGGGCUUCGGCCUGCACAGCCCGUACUGAACACCCCACUGCCACUAGCACCACUAGUUCCUGUAAAGGCACCCCGGUGAAGAGUGCCUCAUCCAGCGAACGCCUCAACAGGCACCUGGUGAAGCAGUGUUCGAUGGAGGGUCAAAUGAUGAGGGUGGAGGCUUCUCGAGUGGAUGCUGAUGACGUGGUUGAGAAGAUCCUCCAGGGUCAGGACUUCACCCCCAACAUGCUGGACUCCAGCCAUGAAGAGGAAGGCCUGCGGUUGUUUGUUGGUCCCGGAGGUAGCACUGCCCUUGGAAGCCAUCACCUGCCUACCAGGGUUGGUGCCGGAGCAUAUGAACAGGUGGUGAUUAAGCGUUAGGCCUAAACUCCACCAGGAAGAGGAGUGGCACAGCUGAAGUCCAAAAGAAUGAUCGAUGGUUUUUAUCUCUCUUUAAUUUCAGCAAGCACAUUUUAUCCAAAUGAACUGGCCUGUGUCAGAAAUUGACUGCAAAAGCUUCUUCUGGUGUUCGUACAGACUAUGUGCACUGUCUGUAGUCCCAUGUUAGAUUAGCUACUAGCUCAGUAAAGUCAAGAAGAACAUCUGGAGUGGGAUGUUUUAUAGGUAAACCUGACCUUUUCAACUGGAGUUCAAAGAUGAAAGUGGAUUGGUUCUGUGUUUGUCGCCAGAAUGAAGGAAGCUUUUGCUGAAGAGGAGGGGAGGAUGAUGCCUUUUCAAUACAUUCCCUAGUUUAAACUAGUUCCCAGUUUUCAUUCCUUUUGUUUUUCAACUAUGUCGCUUUUUAUUUGGAACUGCCUUUUAAUUUUGGAUUUAAACUUUUAUGUCCACCAAUAAGCUGCUAAAAGGUGUUUUAGGUGUGUGUGUGUGCGUGUACGUGUGUGCGUGUUUGCAUUUCUGUGUGUGUGUGUUUGUGUAUGCGUGCCUAUAUUCUCUGGUAAAGUGUUAGACACUUCUGUUGUAAUAAUAGUAAGGCUACAACAAUCCUGCAGUAUACAGGGCUGAGGGCUGGGAGUGAGACUGCAGGUUAUAGACUCUGUACUGAAGGUGACCAUGCUCUGCUGUGGUCUGAGUGGGAACUGAUCUCAUUACUGGCAAAAAUAGAGACCACCUCAGAAUAUAACCUCUCUGCCCUUUUUAUACACUUGCUGGGAAAAAAAUUGAUAGAGCGGAAGAGGGGAGAAGCUCUGAGUGAGGUCAAGCUUGUUUUUAGCUCUUCUGAAAGAAGCAGACUCUCAGGUUAGAAUAUCAGGGUUCCAAUCCGGAUGGCUCUUUUUUUGCAGCGAUCGAUGAGUGCUGUUUAGAAACGGAUGGAAGUCAACAGUUGUGAUUCUUCUUGCCAAACUGAUGUAGGUACAGUACGUAGUUCCAUAUGUAGGUAAAGAUAUUGGCUAAAGGACAAGUUGUCAACAAUUAUACUGCCAUUGUAUACACUUGUUAUGAUGAUAUGUUUUUUUGACAAAAUGCCAGGCUUUACAUUAGAUUAGGCUGGUGAUGACUCUGCUAUUUGUUGUCUAUGAACUAUUUAAUGGAUUGAGCCUACGUCUUGAAUAUAGUCUACUAUGUCGAUGACAUAUACGGUUCUUAAACUGACAUUGAAAGAAAUGUGUAUACACUACAUGAUUUUGUGAUGAUGAAUCUUGUUAAUCGGUUUGUUUCACUAAAUGGAAAUAAGAAUACAUGUUCAGAAAGUAAGUUAAGAUAUAUAAUGGCGUACAUACUGUACCAGUCAAAAGUAUGGACACACCUACUCAUUCAAGGGGUUUUCUUAAUUUAUGCUAUUUUUUA